AUGGAGGUUACUGCAGUGUGGUGUGAUUUCUUCAGCAUUACACUGGUCUUCUGUUUAAGCUUUGUGUUCAAGAACUAUCAGUUUGUGUUGGCUUUGGCUUUUGCUAUUGAGGAGAUCAACAAAAACCCUGAUUUUUUAAGUAACUGGACUCUGGGAUUUGACGUCUAUGAUAUUCAAUUCAGAACUUGGACAAUGUUUAAGAAUCCCUUCAUUUGGUUCUUUGGGAAGUACAAGAUUCCAAACUACUCCUGUAUGAGAGACAGAAGGUCUAUAGCAGUACUUACAGGACCAUUAGGACAAAAUUGGAACAUUACUGGGACUCUACAGAUUUCCACAGAUUUUGUCAAGGCAGUUAAUCCUUCCAAAUACCCAGAAGACAUUUUUCUUGCUAGGAUCUGGUUUCUGUCUUUUAAUUGCUCAAAUCCUCAGUCUGACUGUGUGACAUGGGACAACUGUCCCCAUGAUGCCUCUUUGGAUUGGUUGCCUGGACGUGUUUUUGACAUGACUAUAUCUGGACACUGUUACAAUAUAUACAAUGCUGUGUAUGCUGUGGCCAAGGCUCUCCAUGAGAUGCUUCUUCAUCAGACAGAAGUUCAAAUAAUGGGAAAUAGAAAAGGGACACUGCCUUCCCCUGCACAGUUGCUCCAUUUUCUAAAGAACAUCCAGUUUCACAAUUCUGUUGGACAUCAAGUGAUUUUGGAUGAAAAAAGGAAAUUGGAGCCAGACUAUGACAUUCUGAAUAUUUGGAAUUUUCCAGAAGGUCUUGAAUUUGAGGUGAGAGUAGGAAAGUUUUCUCCCAAUGCUUUACAUGGUAAUCAACUCUCUUUAUCUGAAGAUAUGGUAGAGUGGACCACUGGAAAUACAGAGACUCCUUGCUCUGUCUGCAGUGAGCCUUGUGGUCCUGGAUUUAGGAAAUCUCCUCAGGAAGGAAAGGCUGCCUGUUGCUUUAAUUGUACCCCUUGCCCACAGAAUGAGAUUGCUAAUAUGACAGAGAUGGAGCACUGUGUGAAAUGUGCAGAUCAUCAGUAUGCCAACACACAGAGAAAUCAGUGCCUCCUGAGAGAUGAAAGUUUCCUGGCUUUUGGAGAUCCUUUGGGCAUGGCUCUGGCCUGCCUGGCUCUCUGCUUCUCGAUUCUAACUGCUGCUGUUUUGGGGAUAUUUGUGAAACACCGAGACACUGCCAUUGUCAAGGCCAAUAACCGGACUCUCAGCUACAUCUUGCUCAUCUCCCUCAUCUUCUGUUUCCUCUGUUCCUUGUUCUUCAUUGGCCGUCCCAACACAGUCACCUGCAUCCUGCAGCAGAUCACAUUUGGACUUGUCUUCACUGUGGCUGUUUCCACAGUGUUGGCCAAAACAGUGAUUGUGGUCCUGGCCUUCAAGUCCAUUUCUCCAGGGAGAAGGAUGAGGGAGUUGCUGGUAUCAGGGGCUCCUAACCUCAUCAUCCCCAUCUGUACUCUCAUCCAGGUGACCCUCUGUGGACUUUGGCUGGGAACCUCUCCUCCCUUUGUGGACACAGAUGCACACUCUGAACAUGGCCACAUCAUCAUCCUGUGCAACAAGGGCUCCCUCACUGCGUUCUAUUGUGUCCUGGGAUACCUGGGCUCCCUGGCCCUGGCCAGCUUCACUGUAGCUUUUCUGGCCAGGAACCUGCCUGACACCUUCAACGAAGCUAAAUUCCUGACCUUCAGCAUGCUGGUGUUCUGCAGUGUGUGGCUCUCCUUCCUGCCUGUCUAUCACAGUGCCAAAGGGAAGGUCAUGGUGGCUGUGGAGGUCUUCUCCAUCUUGGCCUCAGGUGCAGGGCUCCUAGGCUGCAUUUUUGUCCCCAAAGGUUACAAUAUAUUGUUAAUGCCCAAUAGAAAUUCUCUGCAUGGCUUUAGGAAAAAACGUCCACAUAGCAGGAAAAAUUAG